AUGCCGCCCAAGAAGGUCUGGUACCGCAAGAUGUAUUCUCUAACUGCAACAACACGCGUCCGGCGCGCUGCAAGGGUGUUAUCGACAAUUUUGGUUCUGUCUUUUAUUUUCUACGCACAUGGAUCUUUACGCGAUUUUUCCUCGACCACGACAGCCUUGGACGAGCUUCAUGGCCCCGAAGCGCCCAUCGCGCCCACAGAACCCACCACGAACGAACCUCCCAUCCUCCUCGUCUCUGCAAUGUUCCCUCUGCCGACGUCCAAGCACUCAGCAGAGGACUAUGUAUACUGGCUGCGGGAAAUUUUAGGCCCUAUCACGACCAACAUCUACUUUUUCACGACUCCUGAAUUUGCGCCGACCAUUCGCAGUGCCCGAGGACACGGCCUUCCGAUCACCGUCGACACUACCUAUUCAUCGCCAUUCCACAUACCGCCCCUAAAGGGACUGGAGGAGCAGUAUAGGAAGAUGUAUGCUUUGGAUAGAGAGAAAUCCAUACAUUCACCCGACCUAUACGCCAUUUGGAACGCCAAACCGUUUCUCUUGGAUCAUGCUGUGAAGAAGCUUGCUGAAAAGCAGCAAACGUACACGUACGCUUUUUGGAAUGACGCAGGUAGCUUUCGCACAACGCACCGAUACAAGGAGUGGCCGAGCCCUCGGAGAGUGGAACAGAUAUGGAAGCAAGGCAGUCGGUUGGCCGGAACUCCCCAAGAGGAUUUGUUCUUCUUCCCCCUUUGUGCCUUGCCCGGCGUGAGUAUGAGAUAUUGGAAAGAGGAUAUGGGACCCGUGGACUACGACGUUAGCGAAGGCUCCUUCUUUGGUGGUAACCCAAAGACAAUCUCAUGGUGGUCCCGGACAUACUACGCCUACCACGGCUACUACCUCUCCCUUGGUCUCUUCGUCGGAAAGGACCAAACUCUCAUCAAUGCCCUCAUGCUGUUGUUCCCUGAACGCUUCAUUACUGUCUGGUAUUCCGAUCCUCUAGCGCCCGCACACUCGGGUAUCAUUCGCCACUUUGACCAAGGGCAUUUGGGCGCUUGCGGCAUGGAGUGGUUCUAUUACCAGUUCUGGCUGGCUGAUAGCCAGACGCGCGACGUUAUGAGGGAGCUCUGGACAUCUUGGACAAAGUGGGCUAAUUGGGAGUGGUGGAGAGAGAGGCAGAAGUGUCGGAUGACUGGCGUGUUGGCGCUGAAGGAUCUCUUGGCAAGGCAGUUCGGUACAACGUGGACACCGCCAGCUAGAACCCUCGAGAUUCCGACUUCAUGA